UCGGGCGCUGGCUCAGUCUGGCUGCUCUCCGCCGUCGCUCCGCUCUGGGGAUGACACCGCCUCCGUCCAGAUGCACCGCCCUCGGCGCCCCGCGAGCCCGCGUUUCCAGCCCUCUGGCUCGGUCCAGGUUCCCGCUGCGGCUGCUGCUGCAGCUGGUCUGGACGGCCGCCGCCUCUCAAGGCCACCCGAAGAGCGGACCCCGCAUCUCCGCUGUCUGGAAAGGCCAUGCAGGGCAGGACCAUGUGGACUUCGGCUCAACUGAGCCACACACGGUGCUUUUCCAUGAGCCAGGCAGCUCCUCCGUGUGGGUGGGCGGACGCAACAGAGUCUAUGUCUUUGACUUCUCCAAGGGCAGGAACGCCUCCGUGCGCACGGUGAACAUUGGCUCCACCAAGGGGUCCUGCCGGGACAAGCAGGACUGUGAGAACUACAUCACACUCCUGGAGAAGCAGAACGAGGGGCUGCUGGCCUGUGGCACCAACGCUCGGCACCCCAGCUGCUGGAUCCUGGUGAAUGACUCUGCAGAGUUUCUUGGGGAGAGGAGAGGUUAUGCGCCCUUCAGCCCAGAUGAGAACUCCCUGGUUUUGUUUGACGGGGAUGAGGUAUACUCCACCAUCCGGAAGCAGGAAUAUAACGGGAAGAUCCCCAGGUUCCGCCGCAUCAGGGGUGAGAUCGAGCUGUACACCAGUGACACCGUCAUGCAGAACCCGCAGUUCAUCAAGGCCACCAUUGUGCACCAAGACCAGGCCUACGAUGACAAGAUCUACUACUUCUUCCGAGAGGACAACCCUGACAAGAAUCCCGAGGCCCCUCUCAACGUGUCCCGAGUGGCCCAGCUGUGUAGGGGGGACCAGGGUGGUGAGAGUUCACUGUCCGUCUCCAAGUGGAACACCUUCCUGAAAGCCAUGCUGGUGUGCAGUGACGCCGCCACCAAUAAGAACUUCAACCGGCUCCAGGAUGUCUUCCUGCUCCCCGACCCUAAUGGCCGCUGGAAGGACACUAGGGUCUAUGGUGUCUUUUCCAACCCCUGGAACUACUCGGCUGUCUGCGUGUACUCCCUCGGUGACAUAGACAAGGUCUUCUGCACUUCCUCACUCAAGGGCUACCACUCGAGCCUCCCCAACCCACGGCCUGGCAAGUGCCUGCCAGACCGGCAGCCGAUACCCACAGAGACCUUCCAGGUGGCCGACAGUCACCCUGAGGUGGUGCAGAGGGUGGAACCCAUGGGGCCUCUGAAGACGCCACUGUUCCACUCCAAGUACCACUACCAGAAAGUGGUUGUCCACCGCAUGCAUGCCAGCAAUGGGGAGACCUUCCAUGUGCUUUACCUAACCACAGACAAGGGCACCAUCCACAAGGUGGUGGAGCCGGGGGAGCGGGAGCACAGCCUUGCCUUCAACAUCUUGGAGAUCCAGCCCUUCCGCCGGGCGGCCGCCAUCCAGGCCAUGUCGCUGGACGCUGACCGGCGGAAACUGUAUGUGAACUCCCAGUGGGAGGUGAGCCAGGUACCCCUGGACCUGUGUGAAGUCUACACCGGGGGCUGUCAUGGCUGCCUCAUGGCCCGCGACCCCUACUGCGGCUGGUACCAGGACCGCUGUGUCUCCAUCUACAGUUCCCAAGAGCCAGUGCUGCAGUCCAUCAAUCCAGUCGAGCCACACAAGGGGUGCCCCAACCCGAAGCCAGAACAGGCCCCGCUGCAGAAGGUUUCCCUGGCCCAGAACUCCCGCUACUACCUGAGCUGCCCCAUGGAGUCCCGCCACGCCACCUACUCCUGGCGCCACGAGAACAGCGUGGAGCAGAGCUGUGAGCCCGGCCACCAGAGCCCCAACUGCAUCCUGUUCAUCGAGAACCUCACGGACCUCCACUACGGCCACUACUACUGCGAGGCCCAGGAGGGUUCCUACCUCCGCGAAGCUCAGCACUGGGAGCUGCUGCGCGAGGACAGCGCCAUGACCUCGCAGCUGCUGGGCCGCGCCUGCACCCUGGCCACCAGCCUCUGGCUGGGUGUCCUGCCUACGCUCAUGCUUGGCCUGCUGGUCCAUUAGAGCCUCACGGGGCCGGGUGUGCUGCAGGCUUCUGCAGCCCCGAGGCACUGGAAAAGUCUCACAUCCAGAACCGGCGGGGCCCGCGAGCUCCUUGCCCACCACUUCUUCCCAGGGGGACUGUGUAAACCUGACGGGGGACACCGGGCCUGCAGAUGGCCAGCCGCAGGCGGCUGUUGGGCCCCCGAGGGGCGAGGGUGUUGCGGGCCACGGAAUGCAGGCUCUGACUCUGAAGCUGGGGCCUUGAUGACCCAAGACUUUUAUCUUUUGGAGAUUAUUUUUCAAAAACUCCUCCUCAAACGGAUGAAAUGCAGUGAUGCUCUUGGCCUAAGAGCCUGUGGGCCAGAGAGUGGGGUUUAAAAAGAGGAAUGGGGGACCCCAUCUCUGGACCUUAAGGCUGAGGCCCGAGUCCUUCUGGACUCUCUAGACCCAGAUCGUCCCCUCAUUCUCCCUCCUGCCAGGACUCGGGGAGGCUAGUGUUCCUGCAGGCCCGGGGCUGCCCUCUGUGACCUCCUCACCAGCCCUGGGUCUCUUUAGGCAGCUGCGUUGCAUGUUUAUUGAAGGAUGUUUGCUUUCCGGACGGAAGGACGGAAAAAGCUCUAUUUUUAUGUUAGGCUUCUUUCAUGUAUAGCUACUUCUGACUGCAUCUGUAUGAAAUACCAAAACUACAUGCGGGGUAGGGUGGGGAGGGAGGGGCUGGGGGAGGGAUGGGUCAUGGCGGGGUGGGGGGGGGCUUGAGUCUACGGCUCCUGGGAAUGGGAUGAGAGUCCAGGGAUGGGCAUGGGUUUGAAGAGAGAAGCAUGAGCUGGCUCUGCCCUGGGAGCCCAGUCUGAAGGGGACGUUGGUCCAUGCCCCUGGUCAGGGUGGUUGCGGGAGGGGGUGGGAUGAGGGAGACAGGGGAGAAUGAAGGAGAAAACUGAGCCCUAGGUUCACCGUGUUCAUUUCAAAGGAGGAGCCAGGUCCUCAGGGGGAGGUUUCUAGGACUCUGCCCUUGGCAUUGGGGGUUGGGGGGCGGGGGGGGUCCCCUCCCCUCCCCUCCCCUCAGCCCCCUUCCCCAAGGGCUGUGCUUCCAUGCUCCUAGCCUCCCACCUUCAGCUCAGGACAUGUUAUAACUUAGGCUAAACUGUGAAUUCCUGUAGGGACGGCCUGGGCCAAGCUCUCCAGGUGGGUGGCUCUGCCCCCAGUCCUGUCCAUGGAUUUCAGCAGAGAGCUGGGCCCUUCUCUGGCUGUGUCUGGCCAGCCUGGGGCAGGGCCUGGGGCUGGUGGCCUUCCAGCUUCGGCCCCUGCAUCUCUUCUCAAUGCACUUUAAUAAUGUAACAUAUUACUAAUAAACAAACUAUUUAUUUA